AUGACGCUCGACGUUCUGCACUUCAUUGACAGCAAGGGGGGCAAUGCUGAGGAGAUCCGCGAGUCGCAGCGCAAGCGCGGGCACUCGGUCGAGUUAGUCGACGAGGUCAUCCAGAUGUACCAGGACUGGGUGAAGAUCGACUUCGAGGCGAACAAUCUCGCGAAGCAGGUGAACGCACUGCAGAAGGAGAUCGGGCAGAAGAAGAAGGCAAAAGAGAACGCAGACGAUCUGGUCGCGCAGAAGAAGGAGCUGGAUCAGAAGGUCGCGGCGAAGAAGCAGGAAUCGAAAGACUUUGAGAUACUCCUCAAGAAGAAAGCGCGCGGUGUCGGCAACAUUGUGGGCAAGAACGUCCCCGUCAGCCAAACUGAGGACGACAAUGUCACCGUCCGCACUUGGUUCCCCUCUGGCGAGACAGACGAGCCCCCUGCUCGGCCCGGUAUCCUCGCACAUCACGAAGUGCUCCUGCGUCUCGAUGCUAUGGACCUUGAGAGAGGUGUCAAGGUCUCCGGUCACCGGGGAUACUACCUCACUGGCGAUGGCGUCGAUCUCAACCAAGCGCUCAUCUCGUACGGCCUCGACUUCCUGCGCAGCAAGAGCUACCGGAAAAUCCAGCCGCCAUUCUUUAUGAACAAGGAGCAGAUGGCAAAGACCGCACAGCUUGACCAGUUCGACGAGGAACUCUACAAGGUCAUCGCGGACGACGAUGAGAAGUACCUCAUCGCCACCUCUGAACAGCCUAUUUCGGUCUUGCACUCCGAUGAAUGGUUCGAGAGCCCGGAGACGCAGCUGCCCAGGAUGUACGCUGGUUACUCGACGUGCUUCCGCAAGGAGGCGGGUGCCGCUGGCCGCGAUAUGUGGGGCAUCUUCCGCGUCCACCAGUUCGAGAAGGUUGAGCAGUUCUGCAUCACGGACCCAGCGAAGAGCUGGGAGAUGUUCGACACAAUGAUUGGCAACAGCGAGGAGUUCUACCAGAGCUUAGGCCUGCGUUAUCGCGUCGUGGCGAUUGUGUCUGGCGCGCUCAACCUUGCUGCCGCGCAGAAGUACGACCUUGAGGCAUACUUCCCCUUCCAAAAGGAGUACAAGGAGCUGGUCUCCUGCUCGAACUGCACUGACUACCAGGCACGACGAUUGGAGGUGCGCUGCGGGCUGAAGAAGCAGGAUCAGACCCGUAAGGUGUACGUACACAUGCUGAACGGUACAUUGUGCGCUACCGAGCGUGCUCUGUGCUGUCUCGUGGAGAACUGGCAGACGCCUGAGGGCCUCGUCAUCCCUCCCCCUUUGCGCCCAUACAUGCAAGGGCGCGAGUUCCUGCCGUUCGUGCGAGAAUUGCCGAAGAACAUUCAGAAGAAAUCGCAGGCAUAG